UUACAAACUGCGCAACGAUCGCUCCUUUACCUCGCCGACCAUCGAAAUACGACAAAUCGUCGAGAGCAACGUCGCUCAAAGAGACGAAGAUUCUUCUCUUUUCAAAAUCUUUCCAAACGAUUCUUUACUCUUCUCUCGUGUAUACGAUUGCCAAGUAAAGUUCAACCAGUUGCGUCGCUAAAGCGAUGCUUUUUACCGGAUAUUGGUAUCGUUGAAAUUAUUAGAUGUACAAAGAGAGAAACGCGUGGAUAAAUUGUAAGGUAGAAAAUAUAUUUUAAUACAGAAGUUUAAGUACAAGUAGGAACAUAAUUUGAGCUGGUCCAGUGUUACUCUAUAACUGAAAAGCCCGAAGCCAACGUCGCCUGUCUACUGUUUAUGGUCUGCCUUGGUCCCAGUCUUUUGUCCAUACGCUGUCGAUGGCUCGAGAAAACUAAAAAGACCAGAUGUAGAGUUUUCUUGGAAGUGGUGACCACUUCGACAGGUGUUUUCUUCUCCGCUUUUCGCGUUGCUCUUCGCGUCGACGAACGUCUCGGUUUCGAGAAAACGGAUCGGUAUUACGAGAUUAUUGCGCGCGAGUCUCAAUGUCGCUAUUCUUCAAUGAAACAUACCGCUGGCGCAUUGCGCAAUCGGAUUGCGUAAAAUUCAUCGAUAUCUCGCUGGGCGAGAGAAUGCCGGACCGUGUGACACGACGGAUAAGGUGAAAAAGGUAAGGGGACGGUGGUUCGCUAUUUCGGAUGGUAUUCGACGAAAAGGUAGUGGAGCGAAUACGAGGAACAGGAUAGUGGUUUCUAUGGCUGCUAUUGAAAAUGACACCGAUCGACCAGAAGAUCGGCGGCAGGAAAGUCGAUCGAUAUCCGCACGCUCGAACAAGGAUCGCACGCGUACUGCGAGUAUACGAGAGGAAGAUCUGUUUGAUGUAAACGAUGUGGAGCACGAAGGACAUCCUAGCGAAGCUGUGUAUCCUGCUGCUUCUUUGCGAACACGCAACGUGUUUCGUUAUUCCGGAGGAAUUGCCCACCAUACUUUCGCUCAUCUACUCCAAUAUCCCACCAAUAAAGAAAGGUACCGACUCGAGGAUAGGCGUUGGUUUCCGGCUUGGCGAACACGCGGACUUCCAGAUGCUGUUUGAGUUGGGACCGCAAACGGAAACCGAGCCCAUUAGCAAUGCCGACUCGAAGAGACGUCGAGACGCGAUGUUCGGCGCGGCGAUGAGAGGAGAGCUCGGAUCGCUGGCUCAGGCAGUGGCCAAGUACCAGUUGGAGCGCAAAUUACAGAAGGAAUUGGAUAGAUCAAAGAAGACGGAGAAGAAGUCAAACGCAGUGACUACGCCAGGAAACGACGACAAAAACACUGUCGCCAGCGAAUGGCUAAACAAGUGGAGCAAGGAUAUGGGCAAGUCGUCAGAGGAUCGAUCGUCCUCGGAAGACGUUUCGGCUGAGAAGAACGUGUCGACGCCCGCGAAAAUUCAAAUCGUACAAAGGAUAAGACAAAGUUCGCAAUCGAAUGACAAGAGAAAUACGAUUUCCGACUUGAAACAAUUGUACAAAUCGCAGACUGAUACGGACAUAGAGAAGAGAAUUACCUAAUCGUGAUACGUUAAUCGUUAGUAAGGUACGUUCGUCGUGGAUUUUGUAGAUAGUUCGUUCGUUAACUAUAUAUAUAUAUACAUAUACGGUGAAAGUAAUGAAGCGGGAAAGAAGAUUAAAUCGAUUUAAUAUGGUUUUUACGUGCCAAAGAACAUUGUACUUGCUAUUACCAGUUGCAGGGAAAGCGCGUCAAAUUGUAGAAACUUUUGUUCUUCCGACGGAUAAUUUGGUAAUAUAGAAAUACCGACGGGACGCGACUUUGGCGUACAAACGAGAAUACAAUACACACGAGACGAAUACAAACGAGACGAAGCUUCGUUAAAUCGGUUUCGCUACGCGUAACGCCACCUAUGUGUUCGUUCUUGCGCCGAUUCGACAAAAUUUAAAGUUGUGGUUGUUGUAUGGGGAAUAAGAUUUUAUAUACGAGAUCGUUAUUUGUAUACCGCUCUAUGAAAUUGUGCUAAAAAAUAGAGUAAAAUACUAUUUG